ACGCCGUCUACGUUGAUUUGCCAGUCAUCGUCGGUUUGCUAAUAAAUUUGUCAAAUUUGAUAUUAAAAAUGUCCCAAAUGGAGCCUGAACGUGAGAUGGGCCUUCAAGAUUAUAGAAAGAAAUUAUUGGAACAUAAAGAAGUGGAAUCUCGCUUAAAAGAAAUGAGAGAACAAUUAAAAGAUUUAACAAAACAGUAUGAUAAGUCGGAGAAUGAUUUAAAGGCUUUGCAGAGUAUGGGCCAAAUUGUAGGGGAAGUCUUAAAACAGUUAACUGAAGAAAAAUUCAUUGUAAAGGCAACAAAUGGUCCUCGUUAUGUCGUGGGGUGCCGCAGACAGUUGGACAAAGCUAAAUUAAAGGCAGGGACCCGUGUAGCUUUGGAUAUGACCACUUUAACCAUUAUGAGAUACUUGCCAAGAGAAGUUGAUCCGCUAGUCUACAACAUGAGUCACGAAGAUCCAGGAGAUGUAACUUAUUCUGCUAUUGGUGGUUUAUCAGAACAAAUCAGGGAAUUGAGAGAAGUCAUUGAACUUCCUUUGUUGAACCCUGAAUUGUUUAUGAGAGUUGGGAUUACUCCUCCAAAAGGUUGUUUAUUAUAUGGACCACCAGGUACUGGUAAAACUCUUUUGGCCAGGGCUGUAGCCUCUCAAUUGGAUGCAAACUUCCUUAAAGUUGUAUCUAGUGCAAUUGUUGACAAAUACAUUGGAGAAUCUGCCAGGCUUAUCAGAGAAAUGUUUAACUAUGCCAAAGACCAUCAACCUUGCAUUAUUUUCAUGGAUGAAAUUGAUGCUAUUGGUGGAAGAAGAUUCUCUGAGGGAACAUCUGCCGAUCGUGAGAUCCAACGUACCCUCAUGGAGCUGUUGAACCAGAUGGAUGGUUUUGAUUCUCUUGGUCAGGUUAAAAUGAUCAUGGCUACAAAUAGACCUGACACUUUGGACCCUGCUCUUUUGCGUCCAGGCCGUUUGGACAGAAAAAUUGAAAUUCCACUUCCCAAUGAACAGGCUAGAUUGGAAAUUCUUAAAAUUCAUGCUGGUCCCAUAGCCAAACAUGGUGAAAUCGAUUAUGAAGCAAUUGUUAAGUUGUCUGAUUCUUUCAAUGGUGCAGAUUUAAGGAAUGUUUGUACUGAGGCAGGUUUGUUUGCAAUCAGAUCAGAAAGGGAAUAUGUUGUUCAAGAAGAUUUCAUGAAGGCUGUAAGGAAGGUGGCAGACAACAAGAAGUUAGAAAGCAAGUUAGAUUAUAAACCAGUAUAAGGCAAUUAAUGAAUUUUGUACUUCAUAAAUUUUAAUUAUAAGUAAGUUUAAUAUAAUACAUAAUUUCUUUUAAAAGAAUA